AUGUCAGCAGAGCGCGAGCAGGAGGUUCUGCAGAUGGCGGAGCGGAUGCAGACGAAGGACACAUCGACCGAGGUGCCUGUCGCGUCGUUCGCAUACGAAAUCCUCAAGGCGCACCCGUCGGUGCGGGACAUGGGCCUGCGUGAGCGCAUGGACUUCUUGCUCAAGCGCUGGAACCGGCUCAGCAAAGCUCAGAAGCUAGACUACGUGAAUGACCCCUUGCGCGGGCUACUGUGA